AUUUACAAUUUUGAAUGUACAUCUUUUACUUAUAAAAAUUGCAUUGAGAAACACAAAGGCACACAGCUGUGUCCGGUUACAGACACACACACGAGUAAAGAAAAAUUAGGCCUUCUUUUAGGAGUCGACCAUUUUGAACUGGAAAACCAAGAGUUGCUCAUGUUGUUGAUUCUUUGUUUCUAUAAAAGAGGCACACAAUAAUUAGCAGUGUUUCUUGUGAUGUCUAUUAUGCAUAAUACUAUUAACUGUUAACUACAACAUAUGCAUUACAAAUCAUUUUGGGUUGUGUCCAAAAGUAAAUGUAAAGAGACAGCUUCGAUUUCACAGAGACUGCACUCCCAAGGAAAUAUACAGCAUCAGCAGUUUCAGGAGAUGAAGAAUGACAUAUGUUUAUGUUUAAGUGACAAAGACCUCUAUCGGCCUUGGGAAGUAUGCACUCACUUAAAGUUAAUCUAGUAAAAUCUACAAAACAAAGAAUGAAAUAAAAUGUACAAUAAUAUCAAGCUAAGCCAUUGAACAAUUAGCUAACCCUUUUCAACAAGCACAUAUACAGAGUACUGGUUGUGUUCAAAAUGAACCGAUCUUUCCCUAAUGCCCAAUCUUCACUGUGCUCCAGAUGUGAACAUGAUGUGAGUCUUCACAAGAGCUAAUACUGAGCUUCAGCACCGACCACAGGACUACACAAGUUUGUCCAUACAAUGUCUGCUGAUCUAUACUGUGCGAGUAACUCAGGUGGAAAUAAUGCAAAUCUUCAAGGCACCACAGUGGGGGGCAGCAAACCUUUACACCGCUUCAUUAAAGGGCAACCCAAGAUUAUUGGCAUCAUUGCACUGGUCCUGGGCUCAUCUUUCUUCAUGCUUUCCAUCGUAAUCAUGCCACACAACUCUAUUCAAUUUAUAUCGACAACGGUCUCGCCUGGCUUCUUGCUUGGAACACUGUUCAUCUUUUGUGGGAUUCUAUAUAUUCUGACAGAGCACAACCCAACCAAGAAAACAGUAACCAUGUCGUUGGCUCUGAGUAUAGUCACCACACUGGGGGUAUGUUGGACUUUAAUGCACAUCUUGCCCAACACUAUUCACCACAGUUACUACAGGGACUAUGGAUUCAUUGAAGACAAUUUCACUCAUGAAAUCAUACCAGAUUGGUCAUAUGAGGAAAUGGUAAUGUCCGUGGCAUUUAUCUUCGUGGUCUACAGUGUUUUGGGUGCCAUUAUUUUCAUUGUAAUGUCAUGUCUGGCGGUAGCUGCCCUGCGUUCCACAAAGAGCCAGGCCAUUAUAGUGAUGACUACUACGCCGGAUGAAACACCAGUGGAAUAACGAGCACAAGAGGAAGGUCUGAAGUGCCAUAAAUUGAGCAUAGAGAAGAAGCAUGAAGCAUACAAAGACAGACAAGUAUUUAUCUUUGUGGGAAUAACAGGAUAUGUGAUUCCAUUUGUAGGUGGUUGCAUACAAUGCACUACAGAUAAUAUAGGUACAGUAUGUAUAUUGCCUUGUGGUGUUUCUGUGAUCUAUUACUACUUCCACCAUCAUGUGAGCACUAUAUUUCCCUCUGUUGAACAUUUGCCACAAGACCUGGCAGGAUGAUAGCAUUGAACUUUUACCAGUGCAUAGGCAAUUUACAGCUACUUACUCUGUAGUCUGGCUGUUUGCAGGACUACGGGAGAGGACAAAGGCCCGGGUGAAAUCUCUGUCUCUCUCUGAAAUAGUUGAAGAAAACUUGUAUUUUAAUUUCUCAAAAAGACUCAAAUUAGUCAAGAGCAGGCUUAAAUUGACAUAAGCUUGCUGGUGCUCUUGUUACAGUAAGGUCCCA